AUGUCCGAACUCGAGGAUCGAUUCGUCAAAAGAGGCUACUGGGUCAACUGGCAUCACGGUCCCAUCAUGGGGCAGACAUUUACCGUGGAGGCCCAAACCGGUAUCCUAGUCGUUGCGCUCUUUACCAUUCUAGCCUCUGUUGCCACUGCACAACUCUGGAAUUUGCUAGCUUUCUUUCUGCACCAGCUACGGGCCGAUAGUGAGCCGUCAGAUGGUCUAUUCUGGCAGCAUCAAGCGUUACUCCGGACGAUGCCCACACCGACCGCCUUCAUGGCCGACUCCCUUAAGUUAUCAUGGAGAUGGAGGUCUAAAUUCCCGCACUCUCUUCUCCGGUACUCGCUGUUGAUAUCCUUCGCUCUUUGCUUCGCCAUUGCAUCUAUUGCCGCCGGCGUGGCUACCUCCUAUGCAGUGGACAAUUCAAACAUCGAAGUACUGGUCGACAGUCCCCUCUGUGGUCGAGUCAAUUAUACGAAGAUGUAUGAUGGACGGGCGACCUCCACUCUCAUGUCCAACCUCGACAACAGCAUCCAGACAUAUGCCAUGAACUGCUAUCAGAAGAGCUCAUCCCUUCCAGCACCCUGCCAAAAUACCUUCCACAGGCCCAAUAUAUCCUUCACGGCAGAUCCUGCUCCAUGCCCGUGGAACUCUUCUAUGUGUGCUGAGGGCGCCUUACCCGCGAUAGCUAUGGAUUCUGGACUGAUAGACAUGAGGACCCACUUUGGACUUAAUGUGCAAGAGAAGGACACUGUCAAACUCCGCAAGCUGACGACCUGCAACAUCCUACCCCGCGAAGGCCGCAUAAUUACGAGAGACGUUUCCUACUGGAAGACCCGCGGCUUUACAGAUAACAAGACGACGCUCAAUUACGGUAAAUACAGAAACACGCCCGAUGAUCUGCGCCCGGAAGCCACUUUUCUGCAAAGCACGGCUCUCACUGAUUAUCAGCCAACGUUCGGAGCCGAUGCCAUCUUUAGCUACUUAUUGAAUGAUAUAUCCUUUGUCGGGAUAGUUCCGCUCCCCGAAAUGCAGCGCGACGAUGCUGAUGUCUCUGUAUUGGCCGUCUGGUUGAACUGGGUCAUGUACGAGCAACCUGUUAAUGACCCCUUCUUUUCGGCCCAUCGACCCUGGACGUACAUCCCAGGAGGCGGGUAUCCGAAUUAUACUCGUUAUGAGCCGGAUUUUGCAGCUGGUGUUAUUGGAUGCGCCGUUCAGUAUCAAUUCUGUCACCCACGGCCUGGAAAAGACGACUUCUGUACGAAGCUCAGCGGCAGUCCUCUAGAGGUGUCCAAUGGCGACUACCCCGAAGCGAGCCCUCUCCAGCUAUCGCUCCUGCAGCUCUUGAGGUCUCUGACUCGCAUCAGUUCCAUUAAUGAUGGUCCUCUGUCCGGUAUUGUGCAAGCUGGCAAGACGGUCAGCCGCGGCGCGUCACCAGGCUUACCGGACGACCAGUGGAUCCAGGAAAUUAUUGGUUGGGAAGCUCUUGCAUGGACGAGCUGGCAGAGUCUACUCUCGGCUUCCGUCAUAGGCCCCGGGGCAUUUGAUGAAUACGCGGACGAGUACCGCGACGUCCCUACGAACGCGGGAGACAAGCAGCUGUGUUAUUCCUUGAAGAUGCGGAAAGCUGGUGGCUUCGCAAACAUCAACCUCUUCGCGCUGGUCUUCAUCACCACCUUCUCCAUCGUCAUAACGCUCUUCAAUAUGACGGUUCUACGCUUCGCCAUCUUCCUCAGCAGAUUCCGCCGCGCCUUAGCCCCCCGCAUCGACCGCUGGGUUCAAGAUGGCAUAUUUCAGCUUCAACGGCGUGCCUUCGAAGCGCAUCACGGGGGCUUGUGGGUCGAUCUCGAGAAGGAAAUCCCCGUGACGAAGGAAAGGGAGAGGCUAUUGGAAUUACCCAUUGCGUCGUUGCCUCUUCAGCUGGAGAGGACGAAGAGCUUUGAUAACGAGAAGAAGUUCCCGAAAGACAUGAAGGAAGUCAAGGAAGAAGUCACAGAGGAGAAGGCCGAAAAGAUCUCUGAUCAGGGUGUCGAAGAGGAUUUCGAGAUCGGGAUGCUGGGGAGAAUGGAUUCGGGAUUGACCCUAAGAGACGACUAUGGAAGGAUGCGUUAG